ACUAGCUAAGAAAAUACAAUUCAUUUUUGGUGGGCAAUGGAAAUAGAUAAAUUUAGUAAAUCAAGUUUUCGUCAAUUUCCCUUUGAUGAUGAUGAGCAAUACUUAUCAACUGAUAGCAUCGAUUUUGAUCAUCGACUAACAAAAGCCUUGUAUCCUCUCAUAUCCGACCAUGAUUUCCAAUCAUAUUACUCCGUUAUUUUCCCUUCUAUAUAUUCCCUUGUGUUGAUUCCUAAACAUACCCCACACUCACAAAAACCUCGGUUAGAGUAUGUAUCGAACACACAAACUCAAACCCAAGUCGGAAAAUUAUCCUUUCUCGAGAGCUUAGAUGUUCAAAUUGUUCAUUCUUGCAAUGGUAUGUUCCUCGUUAUGUCACAAUCAUCCCAAUCAUACUACAUAUGUAAUCCAAGAACUCGUCGCCUAGAGUUACUUCCUAGUUUAACUUCCAUUGCGGGCAAUUUUGCACUAAAUCUUGCUUAUGGCCCUUACACUUUACCUUAUUACAAGGUGAUUUGUGUCAAAAAACAAGAACACAAAAGUUCGAUUCACCAAAUAUCUAUAUACUCCUCUAAAACCCGAGAUUGGACCUCCCUAGGCAAACCUUUUGUUGCACAAGGGGAUAUAGAUUUUUCUCGUGGGGUGUUUAGCAAUGGGUCGAUGCAUUGGAUGAGACGUGCUAGAAAAGGGCUAUACUUGAAUUUGGAAGACGAAGUUCUAAGAGAAAUGCCGAACCCUCCCUUAGAGGAAGGGUAUCCCUUGGCUAGUUGCGAGUAUUUUGGGGAGUCGCAAGGCCAUAUUUUUUACCUUAUUGGCUCACCGCAAUUGUGCUUUCUAAAGCUUUUCGAGAUGAGGGAAGACUAUAUGGGAUGGUUUUUGAGAGUUGUGAUUGAUUUAAAGGCCUUGGCAGUGGAUUUUCCGAUCAUGGGUCGCAGGUCUAACAAUCCUCAUCCUAUUUUCCCGCGGUUUGAGUGUGAUGUGCUAUCUGUUAUUCGGGGUUUUGAUGACGAGGAUUUAGAAAUUUUGCUGUCAAUACCUGGUGAAGUGAUUACUUACAAUCAUGUGAAGAAAUCUGCUAGGAAGUUAUGUGAUUCAAGGAUAAAGGCGGAGGAUCGACAAGUGUGGUAUAGGGUUUAUGCUUCUUAUCGACUGUUUUAGUUGUGUUGGGUACGCUCAGUCAAUGCUGUCAACUGACAGCAUUCAACUUAUGUAUACAACCAUAUACCUUUAGAUACUAUUAGUAUAAGCUUUGUUAUGUUGGGAAGAUUUGUACAUGCAUAUUAUGGUCACAAGAUAUGGUUUUAGUUGUGUUGGAAGGACGGAUGUAUGUUCGGUCAAUGUUGUCAACUGAUAGUAUUCAUCUUAUGUGUACAAUCAUAUACCUUGAGAUACUAAUAUAUGUGUUGGGUAAAUUGGUGUAAGCUUUGUUAUGUAACAAUAUUAAUCCGGGUUGUAGAAAGAAAAAGUGAUUGCUAAGGUGCAGAAAGAAAAAGGAAUUGAAGAUUUGUGUGCUAAUAAUGUAUGUGUAUGUAUGUAUUUCACUAAAUUUUUUCAAUGGUUAUGGCUUGUUAAUAUCCUCUCUUCAAUAAGGAACCUACAUA